AUGGAGCAAGCUUUGCAAUUACCAAGACUUCAUUUGGACACAUUUGUAGUGCAGCCAAAGUUUCUUGAUCCUAUUGAACCACCUACAGUGCCAUUUCCUCCACCAACAUGGUGUUUGCACAAACCUCCUCGUUCGAUUUCAUUAGUAGAUGUAUAUAAAGACCAUGUAUUGAUUGCAACACAUACUGUGGACCAAAAGGCAUUUUACAUUAUUGGACGCAAUGCUGCCGUAUGCGAUAUCGUUUUGAGUCAUUGCUCUAUUUCAAGACGUCAUGCAAGCAUCGUGCACCACGAAAAAGGAGCAACAUACCUUGUUGACUUUGGAUCUGCUCACGGAACGUUCGUAGACGGAUUGAGACUAACAGCUUUGCAGCCGACGCUUGUGACUAAUGGCGCUGUACUAAAGUUUGGGGCGUCUUCGCGCUCAUACAUAUUUAAGUCAUUCGAUUCUCGCGAGCAGAUUGUUGAAAUGAUCAGCAAUCGUAGGGGUCUUCCACGUGAUGAACUGGAAUUGCAGCAGAAUACACUGCUCAAUUCACAGAUUACGCACCGAUUGGAACUUUCGCCUACGAGGCGCAGUAUGCCACCAAUGUUCCCAAUGGCACCGGUGUGUCAGGUCUCUGAGCUUCAGCUUCAUUCUCAAGCUCCAGACCAGGAUUCGCUGAUGUUAAUGGUUCCUGAGUGCGACCGUAGAGGAAGCACUGAUGGAGUUCAGGUGCUGGGACUUGCAGGUAUUGGACCAGUAAGAAAGCGCUCUCGUGGACAGUCAGGAAAUUCUCAGGCUUCGGGUUCGUCCGAUCAGAGUGGCAGCACAGCAGAUCUGAGUGUGUAUAUGGAUGACCCGACCGACUUGCAGCAGGGUGAGCCGAAGCGCGUGCACUUCUGCGGUCAGCCACCUGAGAUUAUCCCGGAUCCUUUGGAUGAGGAAGAUACAAUGGAUCCUGACUCAGAUGAUGUGCGUGUUCGUGAAGAAUUGCGAAGGACAGAACUAUCCAACAGCGAUUGA